AUGCCGUUGACCAUUGAUUCCCCAUCCAUCCUGCUGGUAGCCUGUGCUACCGUUGUCUAUAUCGCCUUGUUUGUCUGGAGGCUGCUUUCAUCCCCACUGAGAGCAAUACCAGGGCCAUUGCUGGCAAGAUUCACAGACGCCUGGUAUUUUUGGAAGUCCCGUUGGUAUUCGGCCUUUGGGCAGAUCCAUGAGUGGACCCUCUUCUCCGACAACGAUGUCAGCCGACAUGCGCAAAAUCGCAAGCAGUACCAGAGUAUGUACUCCAUGUCAUCGCUGUUAACGUAUGAGCCCUUUGUCGACGAGUGCAUUUCGAUUUUCCGCCAGCGCCUGGCUGAGCUCGCCAAUGCAAAGGUCCACACAAAUAUGGGCCAUUGGAUGCAGUGCUAUGCGUUCGAUGUAAUUGGUUUAAUGACUUACUCGAAGCGCAUCGGCUUCUUGGAUCGAGGCGAGGAUAUUGGUGGGGUCAUGGGUGCGCUAGAAGACAUGAUCUACUACGCGUCUCUUGCUGGACUGACUCCGUCGUGGCAUCCGUACAUGUUCCGCUUCAAGAACUGGGUCGCCGGCAAGAAGGGGGUAGGCCGGGCCUACGUGAUAGACUUCACCAGGGAGCGCGUGGCGGACCAUCAGGCUAGACCCAAGGUAGAGCCGGUUGAUGGUAGAGAAGACACAGACCAGGCGCAGAGGCUAGACUUCCUGUCCAAAUUAUAUUCCAAACAUACCAAAGAACCCGACAGCUUUACAGCAUACCACGUCAUUGCUGGGUGCACCCAUAACAUGAUUGCUGGGUCCGAUACCACAGGUAUUACCUUAUCAGCAUGCCUAUACUAUCUUCUCAAACAUCCCCAGAGCUUCGCAAAACUGCGGGCUGAAGUCGGUGGACUGCGAAGCGAUGGUAGGACGACGCGCGAUGUGAGCUUCAAAGAAAGCCAAGAGAUGCCUUACUUGCAGGCAGUUAUCAAAGAAACUCUUCGGUUGCAUCCAGCAACAGGCCUUCCACUGGAAAGAAUAGUCCCGGAAGGCGGGGCCACCAUCUGUGAAACAUUCUUCCCUGCAGGUACGAUUGUCGGUGUCAACACCUGGGUGGAACAUCGCAACCCACAGAUCUGGGGUGCCGAUGCGGACGAAUUCAAGCCGGAGAGGUGGAUGAUCGAUGAUAGUGACAAGCUAGCCUUCAUGAACCGUCACUGGAUGCCUUUUGGCAUGGGUUCUCGGACAUGCCUCGGCAGGCACAUUUCUAUACUCGAGGUUUCAAAGCUCAUCGCAUCCCUUGUCGGAGACUACGAUUUCGAGCUCGACGCGAGGCUUGCAGAUUCAACGACUGAGUGGAAUACGGCCGACUAUUGGUUCGUGAAGCCCAAAGAUUUUAUGGUCCGUGUCAAGUUGCGGGAGACGUAG